AUGGAUGGAAAGCGACACCCCAGCUCGUUCCAGCAGCUCGAGAAGCUCGGUGAAGGUACCUAUGCCACCGUCUUCAAGGGCCGUAACAGACAGACUGGAGAGCUUGUAGCGCUCAAGGAAAUCCACCUCGACUCCGAAGAGGGAACACCCUCGACCGCCAUCCGAGAGAUUUCGUUGAUGAAGGAGCUCAAGCACGAGAAUAUUGUAGGACUGCACGAUGUUAUCCACACCGAGAACAAACUCAUGCUCGUCUUUGAGUACAUGGACGGCGAUCUGAAGAGGUACAUGGACACUCAUGGUGAUCGCGGCGCCCUCAAGCCUACCACCAUCAAGUCCUUCAUGUACCAGCUCCUCAAGGGCAUCGACUUCUGUCACCAAAAUCGCGUCCUUCACCGCGAUCUCAAGCCCCAGAACUUGCUCAUCAACAGCAAGGGCGUUUUGAAGCUCGGCGAUUUCGGCCUUGCCCGCGCCUUUGGUAUCCCCGUCAACACCUUCUCCAACGAGGUCGUCACCCUAUGGUACCGCGCCCCCGAUGUCCUUCUCGGCAGCCGAACAUACAACACCAGUAUCGACAUCUGGUCCGCGGGCUGCAUCAUGGCCGAGAUGUUUACCGGUCGACCUCUGUUCCCCGGAACCACAAACGAAGACCAGAUCGUCCGCAUUUUCCGCAUCAUGGGAACACCGACAGAGCGUACCUGGCCCGGCAUCACCCAGUUCCCCGAGUACAAGCCUACAUUCCAUAUGUACGCCACUCAAGAUCUUCGAAACAUCCUCCCGGCGAUUGACCCCAACGGUAUCGAUCUGCUGCAGCGAAUGCUACAGCUUCGACCAGAGCUGAGGAUCAGUGCCCAUGAUGCCCUUCAGCACGUUUGGUUCAACGACCUUAUGAUGCACCCUCAGCAGCAGGCUCUCCAAGCGCAGGCUCGCGGAUACCCCCAGGCUGUUCCCACCCAAGGUUUCGAGGCGUAUUAG